ACAUGAUGAUCUGGUAAAAGAAGAGGCUAAAAAGAGCAACAAGAGGGGGAGGGGGAGGGGGGAGGGGGAGAGAAGGGGAACGAAGAAGAUGUCGACGAAAAAGAGCAGCAGCAGCCCGCGAAAGAGAGCGGCUACCCCAGUGAAAUCAUCUGUGGACCCAAGUAGGGGUUCUCCAAUCCCUUCGAGUAAUCUGAGGCCUACUCAAGGCUCCACCCCAUCUAAGAAAGGCCAGGCAGGCCGUAAACAGGCAGCGCUGGAAGAAGAGCGGCUUAAUCAAGAGAGAGAAGAGAGAGACGAGUGCAUACGAGGGAUUCUGCAGUUGGUUAUUGAGCGCGCCGAGCGGGAAGUCGAUUGGAAAUCCAUCCAGCCCAAGAUCAUCCCUUUUGCAGUGCAAAGGGCCUGGAAGGAGGUGAUGACAGUCAUGAGGAUCUGCUUUGUGCCGCGAACCCGUGAUUGGAUGGAAGAGAGGACCGUGCUGGACAAUUGGGGGACAGAGGACGUGGAGCCGCCCACGUGUGCGAUCGACACGUGGGCGACGGAGGUGAUUCCGGUGAAGAAACGACGAAGAAACACAGGCGAAGAGACAGAAGGGCCAACGACGGCGACACAGCAGCAGCCAGCAGCUGGUGGAAUGCGACGGAGGAGAGGGUCUAUUUCACGGGGAAGGGUGAGCAUCGAGAGCCUGCCACCGGAACAAGUAAAGAGUCUUAGCGAGGAGUCGGUCUCUCACCCGAGGCUGUCUCCUAAAUCUCCUCUCAGCGAUGAGGAGAGAUCAGAGGAGGAAAAGCUGAGAGAAGAAGUCAAGGCAAGGAGAGCAAAGGAAGGCAUCAAGAACCUCAAAGGAGAGUUGGACGAGGAYGAGGCGAAGCGGUUGGCCAACCUGCAUCGUGUUCUCAGAGGCCAAGACUAUAGCUAUGGAUACAAAGGAGAGGUGGUGUUGAUGAGCAAAUGGCAGCCGGAGAAGCUACCUCCCUACGCUGUAGAUCUGAAGAUCAGACUGAAGGACGCAGAACCUGCAGUGGGGGCGGGUAGUGGCAAUAAAGGAGGAGGAGGAGGAGGAGGAGGAGGGGGAGGGUUGGCCGCAGAGACGACAACAACAGCAGCAGCAGGAGGAGGUGGAGGAGGAAGGGGAGAGGGAGGAGGGGAAGCGAUCACGAAACGCCGAACAGGAGAUGCGGCGAGUGCAGUCGAGAAGCCUGCGGCGAUGACCGCAAGGGGUCGGAAGGAAUCAGGGCUUCCGCAGAGGGAGAGAGAGGGGAUUCAGGUCGAGGAGGAAAAGGGAGGGGGAGGGGGAGGGGGAGGGGGGACAGGGGUUGCCAUGUCAGUAGAGGCCCUCCUAGCCUCCAUGAAAUUGGCGACUGGAGUAACCGUGAGGGCGGGAAACUACUUCAAAUCUGGCGGGAGAGCGAGUGGGGAGGGAGGUGGAGGCCCAUCCUACGCGGGAGGAUUCUCGGAUUUUGCCGGGGUGCCGUUUAGGACCAGAGCAGCAGUAGUAGGAGGAGGAGGAGGAGGAGGAGGACGAGGAGGAGGGGACGGUUUGUUGUCCCCUGUUGAGGUUGUACCACGGUUGGCGGGAGAUGAAACACGAUCGGUAGGACGGAUACCACUGGGAGUGUUCCCGCCAUCUACGCUUGUAAAUGUGAGAGCCCGGCAAGUAGGAGGAGGAGGAGGAGGAGGAGGAGGAGUGUUAUCCCGACCUAGCCCAAGGAAAGGAGACGGGAAAGGCACAAAGCUGAAGAAGACGGGGCUAAUGGCUGAAACGAGAGAUACCAAGCCAAAGGGGGGGUUGCCAAUCAACCCCCCUAGGGAGGGGAGAGCCAAGAAUCGGGCAGAUAUGGCGAAGCUUCAGAAGGCUCGCACUCCGACUAGCCGCAGUCCCACGAAAUCCCUUGAUCCCCCUCCAUCGCUGCCUCACAGAGUGUCCUCCUAUCAACGCCAUCGAGCGGUUGGCAAUGUCAGUCGACUGCCAAGGCAUCGACCUCAUGUUCAAGCUCCAAGCGUGGAAGCCAUAGCUGAAGCUUCCCGCCAUCAUCUUCUUCAUCAACAAGAACGCUCUACGCAUCAGUCUCCCGUCCGCCGACCCGCCAAAACUUUGCUGCCAUUUGGAGUGAUUAAAGGCUUGAAUCGCUAGCCCAUAGCUGCUGCUGCUGAGGAUCUUCUUCUUUACCCAAAAAAAAGAAAAGGAAAAACAGAAACGAAAGAUUCAUCGUCCUUUGAGCUAUGGUGAUGUCCAUGUCGGCGCUUUUCUUUAACUUGUUCGUUCGUAAGCAUGGUCGCAUUGGGAUUGGCCUCGCCUCUCGCUGCACAUUCUAUCCUAUUUUGCUGUUCGAUGGACAAGGACGCUCAGCGCACCAGUCUCCCGCCGUGUGCGGUGGUCACCCCUACCGUCUUCUUUUCCCCGAACACAACUCACCCUCAUCAUGAAAGUAUACAAGCGAUCUUUCCGGUCCCAUGCCGUCAUAAUAAGGGGGCGUUGUGUUCGGGGGAAGAUGGCAGUUUGCAGGCAUUUAGGGUCAGAUCCCAUUACCCUGGAUUAUUCAUUUUUCACCCUCGAUUACGAGGAUCAACGGUUAGAAAUGAACGAUAGGGGCUAGU